AUGGGUGAGAUGCCAUUCUCCACCUCGACCCUCACAAUCUGUGGCCCCGGGGUCAUGACAGUGAACCAUGCACCUCACCUGGGCAGCACAGUGGAGCUGGCCCUGGUGUCGAAAGCAUGUAUGAAUCACAAGACAAUGACAGGGCUCAUGAGAGGAGGGCUGCAGGGGGUGGACCAAGGGGUGGAAAUAAACCCGCCUGAAGAAAGAACUGGGAGGCAGUGGCUGGAGACAGGGGCCUCUAACCAGAACGGACGGCUACCACCAGACUUCAGCUACCGUCAGUCAGACUUCAGCUACCGCCAGACUUCUCCACAGAAGAGUGUGCCACUUAGUCUUCACGACAGUCUGACAGGACCUAAAGCCCCUGGGAAGAGAGAAUGUCAGCUGAAGAACCGCCCUGUCGGACACGAAUGGGGCCUCCGAGCCCUCCGCAUGUGCAGCCUGGGGUGCUCAGGAAAGCUGACUCUGGCCAGUGAGGGAGGCUUCGAGCUCUGUCCCUCCACGACCACCCUCGGUGCACUGCGCCUGUUUCCCAGUCCCUUGUGCAGGUGGUUUCUAUUGGUGCUCUUGGGUGACUACAGGUGCGAGAGUGCGAGGCCAAGCCGCACCGGCAGCGGACGGAGCCCAUGCACAGGCCCAGACGCCCCUGCCCCUGCCCCAGCCCCGGCCCUGGCCCCGGGGGCAGUCCGGCCAGCAAGUGGUGGGGCAGGAGCUCCUGGAGUGGCAGCCCCUGGAGAAGCAAUGACAGAGUACAAGCUUGUGGUGGUGGGCACAGGAGCUGGGAAAGAGUGCCCUGACUGUCAGCUGAUCCAGAACCAUUUUGUGGACAAGUAUGACCCCACCAUAGAGGACUCCUAUCGGAAAAAGGUGGUCAUUGAUGCGGAGACAUGUCUGCUGGACAUCUUAGACACAGCAGGUCAAGAAGACUACAGUGCCAUAUGGGACCAGUACAUUCGCCCAGGGGAGGGCUUCCUCUGUGGCUUCCUCUGUGGGGUUGCCAUCGACAACACCAAACUUGAAGAUAUCCAUCAGUACUGGGAGCAAAUCAAGCGGGUGAAGGACUCAGACAAUGUGCCAAUGGUACUGGUGGGGAACAAGUGUGACCUGGCCGCUCGCACAGCUGAGUCUAGGUUGCCCAGGACCUUGCUCGCAGCUAUGGUCCCCUACAUUGAAACAUCAGCUAAGACCCGGCAGGGUGUGGAGGAUGCUUUCUACUCGCUAGUAUUCGAGGUUCGGCAGCAUGAACUGAGGAAGUUGAACCCACCUGAUGAGAGUGGCCCCGGGAGCAGGAGCUGCAAGUGUGCACUGUCCUGACACCAGGUGAGGCAGGGGCCAGCAGACAUCUGGGGCAGGGGCUCCAGCU